CCUCACUUCCCCUUCUCGAACCACCUCUCGACCUUCAUCUGAAGUCCGUCCGUCUGUCCGCUUGUCUUCUGUCCGAGUCUGUUCUCUGCUCUGCUCUGUUCUGCUCCGCUCCACGUCCUGAUUCCCCGACCGACUCGUCUCGACUGUUACUCUCUGCAACUUCUCCCUUGCAACUCACUUCCGCCUGUGACGCUACUACAGCUUGUGUCGAGACGACUGCAACCACGGACAAACGUGCCCACCGAGGCCUGGAGACGGACGAGACUCUGGCUGAGACAUACAAACAACACAACAACGCUCAACCAUUUACAUUUACACUCACGCCCACGCCCACGCCGCAGCUGCAACCUCCUCCUUCUCCUCCCUGUCUACGCUGCUCUGCUUGAAUCUCGCUGUUGUCGAUCAUGCAUCUCCAGCUGUCAUAGCAACUCGCCAAUCCUCUCCAUCCAACCUCGUCCACAAACUCCAAUAUACACAUACAUACACACACACACACACGUCAAGGCCGGCUGCCUCGCUGCAGUGACACACCGCCGACGAAAUUACUCCCGCCCGCACAUCUCGAAACUCCUCCCUCAGCAAGCUUGUGUGUCGCGACUUCGUGCUUGCCCUCCGACUCGUCCGAAAGACGCAACGACAGACUCGGCAUGCGCUUAAGCUCUGGAAACACGCCCGUUCCGAGUCAACUGCCGUAGCCAACCUACCUAUCGUGUCGCACCUUUUUUUUGCGCGCCCGCGUCCCACCGCCGUUUCUUUCCUCAACCUUGAUCCGCGUCGUCGCGACUUCCAACUCUCCCCCUCAUCCCUUGCGGUCCCCAGCGCUUGCACCCGAAUCCAGUCGCUCGGUGGCGACUCAGCACUGCAGCCAUGUCGGCCGUCAAGAAUCUCCGGGCCAUGUUCGAGCAAAAGGCCGAUUCGAGUCCCCCCGAUCGCGGAAGGUCUCCCGGUCUCUCUUCCAACGGCACCGAAACCCCUCCUCCUUCCGCCCGUCCCCUUUCCAAAAUCCGAACCAGCUUUGUGGCCAUCGAAAAGGACGGACGAAUGGGUCUUCGACGAGAUCCCAGCAACGAUUCGAGCGGUAGCUUGUCCCAGCGACGGCUCAGCAGCCACACCGAAGGUGAAGCAUCCGUAUCUGGCCUUUCGGAUAAGACCAUGGCCACCGAGGACACCUCCGGCGGCUAUAAGACCAACAUCGUUGGCAGUCCCAUUCCCGAGUCCCCUCGUCGUCCAGACGCAGACAAGCCCAUAAAUGGGGCUGUACUGCAAAACUUGGGGGCCUUGACCGACCACCCAAGCCACAACCCCGACAAGCAUGUCGAUAUUGAGACACCCACACCAGAGCUCCAGCCUGGCGACCCGACAGAAAAGUCUCCCGAAACCAUCACCAUUUCCAAUGGCGCAGCCCCAGCAAAGGCCCCCAAGACCUCAGCCCCCAAAGACUCUGUAAAGGCUGCCAAGAAGGUCCCUGCCAAGUUGGCACCUCCUGCUACAAUUACAAGGGCAAAGACGCCUACUAGAUCUCCCAUAACGGCAAAGGCACCCACUGCAGGAACUGCCAGCGCCAAGACUGCACCCAAGCCUCAGCAAGACACUUCCAAGAAGACAGCAACAACCACACCAAAGUCGGGUGUGAAGCCUGCCGGAUCGAACAAGAAGCCUGCUCCUGUCCAGGUCUCCCCUGGCGGCACAGGCUUUGUUAAGCCCAAGGUCAAGUCGCCUACAAAGCCUGUGAAGCUGCCUGCUUCCCUUAUGGCUCCAACUGCUGCGUCCGUCUCCAAGGUCAAGGAGGCUCCCCGUGAGACUCUCUCACGCGCCUCCGGCAACCAGGGCCGUCCUGCUAGCAGAGCCAGUGCGACUGGUGCCCCCAAGACCCUCAAGCGCCAAAGCUCAGUCAUCAACCGCACCAGACCCAGCGUUGGACCGCCCCCAAAGAAGCCCCUUCAGGACCAACCCAUUACCAAAAAGGACAAAGAGGUUGAUGAGAGCUUCUUGGCACGCAUGAUGCGCCCCACAGCCAGCUCCAGCUCCAAGCUGACUGAGAAGGCCCCCGUCACCCCUCCUAGAAGCCGGAGCGCAAGGCCCAGCAGUGGCAAGAAGUCUUCUGCCUCAAGGAGCCCCAAGAGGGCCCUUUCCAGACCUGCGGCAUCUCGCACUGGAAGCCCCUUCAUGAGGAAGGCGGAGGCUCCCAUCAAGCAGGUUGCGCCUGAGACUGCCGAGGUCGAGACGGCAGAGGCGGCUGUCGAGCUUGCCAAGCAGGCUGAGGCCCCCCGAACCCCGGAGGCCAAGGUCCCGGUUACGCCGGAGCCUAUCGUUGAGGAGGCCGAUGCUAGCCCUUCGAAAGAGGCCGAGGCUCAGGUUCCCGCUGAGGAUACCGCGGCUGCGUCGCCUGAGCUUGCGGCCGUUGUCGAGGAGCGCGCCGAGGGGCACGAGUUCGAUACCCUCGCUCAGCAGACUGAGGAGCUCUCGCUCAAGGACGGAGAGGCCGAGGAUCACGAGCUUAAGAGCCCUGAUGAGUUUGAGGAGCUAUUGGCCGAUGAGAAGGAGGCGGCGGAGGACAAGGCGGCGGCGGCGGCUCCCGCACCCACUCCCGGCGAUGCGGCCUCAGAAGUUAAGCCUGAGACCGCAUAAACCAGUU